AUGGCGAGGAGGCAAACGACGGCAGCUCUUGGACUUGGGCGAGGCUUCGGCUCGGCGGCGCAGGAACGGCGAGGAGGGACUUGGCAUCGGGGCGACAUGCUGCAAGGUCGGGGACACGAGCGUCCACGGCGGCAAAGUGCACUAUUUGAGAGAAAGAGAGAAAUUGAGAUGUGUGAGAGAGAAAAAGGAGGAAGAAAGAGAGAACGGGAAGAAGGGUGGCACUCAUCUGCUGGCUCCGGCAAGUUGUGGCUGGUGGUCGCCGGAGGCGGCGUGCAAAAUCACAGGAGGAGCUCCUCUCGUGGGGCUCGGGUGCGGGGAAUCGUGGGAGGAGGCUGCGAGGACGGGCAUGCUCGGGCGCUCGCUCGAUCUCCUCGGGCGAAGAGGUGGCUGGGAGAUGCGGGGAGGGGGGGAGGAGGUGGCGGCGGCGGGGAGAUUGGGAACAGGGGAUGGAUGGAUCUGAGCUAG